GUAUUCUUGCUUUCACUUUCUCUGCUUGCUGUUGAGGCAAACCUAAACUCGUUUGAGAAGAGCAUUUGUCACUUGCCCAUCUCCUAAAGAAGAGCAUUUGAGAUUUGGCAUGCGGAGAUUUCGAUGGAAAGACGUCCAUAAGGGGGUAAAGUUGAGUGGUGUGGUCAAGUUCUCAAAUAUUCAAGCAGUUUUUAUCGACUGGUAACUCCGGAUUCAAGAGAAACUAUAAGGACAUCUAUAGAUCAGGAAAAAUUUGAUCUCGCACUGAUCGAUUAAAAAAAGCCACAUAAGUCAUUGCUUUAGCUCAACACUUCAUUUGAGAAAUAUUUGCCCGAAUCAAUUCUUUUGGUCCUAUGCAGGUGAUCAGAGUUACAUGGUUCCAUGUAUAUUUCAAAAUGUUCUGUCUAGUGAAGAUAUUUUAAUAUAAGUUUCUGCCUGAUGAAUCCAUUUGAUGGGAAGGGAUAUAGCAGCUCUGAAGCAUCUAAUGCUUUUGUCAAUAAGUCGUUUUUUACGCUUUUGCUCUCGGAAAUAUUGUGUCCAAUACUCACAUUUUGCAAUAAUUAAUAGAAAAUAAAAGUCAAUAGAUAUUAUACAAUAUAAAAAUAAUUAAUACAGAAUAAAAGUCAAUAGAAUAAGUAGUAAAUAAUAACAAAUAUAACAAAAUGAUAUUAUGCAAUAUAUGCUCUGUAAAACUUUGUAAUUAUCUUAAAAAAAACAAAUGAUUUCUGUAAUUUCAUUUUUAAAAAACAAAUCCAGUAGCCAUAAGAACCCAUUUGAAAAAAACACAAACCAAAUAAGAAUCCUUUUUUUUCUAAAAAAAAAAUCCAUUUAACAAGUUUUAAAACCCUAGUCCUCUUUAGUAAAAUAAUAAGGAAAAUAGAGUUUUGUAAAUCAGAUCUGAGCCAAAAACUAGGGUUUUUGGCAUUUUCGCACUGAUAUUGGUGCCGAUAGUUGAUCCAUGAGUACACCACUUCCCGAAGACGUUAUCAUUGACAUCUUAGCGCGUGUACCAAGAUGCAACUAUCCAAGACUCUCCCUCGUUUCCAAGCACUUCGGAUCACUUAUUGCAUCGCCUAAGCUCUACGCUGUACGAUCAUUGUUAAGAUGCACGGAACACUGCCUCUAUGUUGUCCUCCACAACAGAGAAACUGGCGGAGAUCAUCGUUGGUAUAUUCUCCGACAAAAAACCAAAGACAAUCCCCGCUUGGUCCUUAUCCCUUCGCUUCCCGUUGCGCAACUCGAUGCAAGCUAUGUCGCAAUGGGCUCGAAGAUAUACGUGUUUGAUAAGAGUAAGACUAAAGAUGACAGUGUGACUACGAAUGUGUUGAGCAUCGACUGUAGAUCUCACACGGUUCAACAUCUCCCGAGCAUUGAUGUGCACGUGUAUACUACACUCGCUGACAUCAUCAAUGGGAAAAUCUACGUACUUGGGUAUCAGUAUCGUAAUACUAACUCGAAGAAGGUGAUGGUGGUGUUGAAUACAGAAACACAAACGUGGGAGCCUGUGAUGACACUGCCAGAGACGAUGGCGUAUUACACGUGGCCUUCUAGCUGUGUGAUGAUGGAUGGUAAGAUGUAUUUGAGGUGUUCUAAUAAAACCUUUCUUUAUGACCCAAAGGAAAAUAGAUGGGAAACGGACGAGAAGCUGGAUUUCUGGAUCAAUCCGUGCGUCGUUGCUGAUGUUAUGUACUGCUAUUAUUAUGAUGGGAACGUGUUAAUAAUGUAUGAUCCAAAGCAAAGGCGCUGGGGAAAGGUGAGAGGUCUGGAAGAAUUUUUGGCUGAGACGAAAUCAUGCUCAACAUUUUCAUGGACGGGCAUAGUGGGUUACGGUGGAAAGCUAGCUUUGUUUUUUCCUAAAGGAGUGACAAGAGAGAUCUGGUGUGCGGAGAUUUCACUGGAAAGACAAGAAGGAGAAGGGACUUGGGGUAAAGUUGAGUGGUGUCAUCAGGUUAUGGUUGCUGGAAAUUUUGACGUUAACAAAUGUGUUGCUGUUAUGGUUUGAUUCAUCAACUCUCAUGCUUGGAUAUUUUAUUAGUCAAAAAUGCUACAUUUGGUUCUUUGUUUGAGUUUUUGUUUUGAAUAUUCGUUUUAUGUAAUUGAUUCAGGAGAAUUUUUUUAUUAUUCUUGUUUUAUGGUUUCUGAAAUCUUAUUU